ACCGGUCAGUGCCGGCGGGGCGAGGGGACGGGCGGGGUGACACGCCCCUGCCCACUCUCUGUCUCAUAGCUGUGCAGCGGUGAGCUCCGCCGCACACAGUCCGGCAGACGGGCAGUCGGCUGGGGUCCGAACCGGGCGUGUCUGAAGGGUGGAAGUACCCGAGCAGCCGGAGCCCAGGGGCGGCCGGUGGGAGGAGGCAGAGAGACCGCAGCUGCCGCCGCGCCGCGCCGCGCCGCACAGACUGUGACACCCGCGAGAGGAAGGAGCCUCCCGCACCAACCGAUGUCUACGGAUCUUCCUGAAGGCCAGGACCUGGACGGGUCAGCAGUGCAGGCGACAGAGGGAGCGACCGCGCCGACGGACAUCCGAAGCAGCAGCAGCAGCAGCCCGGCGGGCGGCAGCAUGGCGUCCAUCGCGGAAUACUACGCCGGCAAGAACGUCCUGAUCACGGGCGGCACGGGCUUCAUGGGCAAAGUGCUGGUAGAGAAGCUGCUGAGGUCGUGCCCCGAGGUCAAAGCCCUCUACCUCCUGGUCAGACCCAAGGCCGGGCAGUCCAUGCAGCAGAGGGUCAGCGACAUGAUGAAGUGCAAACUCUUCGACCGCGUGCGGGAGGACAACCCCGACUUCCACCAGAAGAUCGUGGCCGUCAGCAGCGAGCUGACGCAGCCGGGCCUGGCCAUCAGCCCGGAGGACGUGGAGCGGCUCAACGCCUGCGUCAACAUCGUCUUCCACUGCGCCGCCACCAUCCGCUUCGACGAGCCGCUCAAACACGCCCUGCAGCUGAACGUACUCGCCACGCAGCAGCUCCUCGGCCUGGCCCACCAGAUGCAGCACCUCGAGGCCUUCAUCCACAUCUCCACCGCCUAUGCAAACUGCAACCGCAAGUACAUCGACGAGGUCAUCUACCCUCCGCCCGUCGAGCCCAAGAAGCUCAUCGAGUUGCUCGAGUGGAUGGACGACGGCAUCGUGCGGGACAUCACGCCGCGCCUCAUCGGCGACAGGCCCAACACCUACACCUACACCAAAGCCCUGGCGGAGUACGUGGUGCAGCAGGAGCAGGGCAAGCUCAACAUCGGCAUCGUCAGACCCUCCAUAGUGGGGGCCAGCUGGCAGGAGCCCUUCCCCGGUUGGAUUGACAACUUCAACGGGCCGAGCGGAGUCUUCAUAGCCGCCGGCAAGGGCAUCCUGCGCACCAUGAGGGCCAACAACGACGCGGUGGCCGACCUGAUCCCCGUGGACGUGGUCAUCAACCUCACCCUGGCGGCGGGCUGGCACACUGCGGUUCACAGACCUAAAACCUCCCUGGUGUACAACUGCACGACCGGCGGCAUCAACCCGUUCCGCUGGGGAGAAAUCGAGCACCAUGUGAUGUCGUCCUUCAAGAGGAACCCCCUGGAUCAGGCCUUCCGCAGGCCCAACGCCAACAUCACAUCCAACUACCUGAUCAACCAGUACUGGGUGCUGGUCAGCCACAAGUUCCCCGCCCUCCUCUACGACCUCUUCCUGCGUCUCACCGGACAGAAACCGCAGAUGAUGCGCAUCUUUAACCGCCUGCACAAGGCCAUCAACCUCCUAGAGUAUUUCAGCAGACAGGACUGGGAGUGGAACUCGGAGAACAUGAACAUGUUGAUGAACCAGUUGACGCCCGAGGACAGGAAGACAUUUAACUUUGACGUGCGUCAGCUGAACUGGCCCGAGUACAUAGAGAACUACUGCAUCGGCACCAAGAAGUACGUCCUGAACGAAGACAUGUCCGACAUUCCCGCUGCCAGGCAGCACCUGAGGAAACUGAGGAACAUCCGCUACACCUUCAACACUCUGUUGGUGGUUUUCAUCUGGAGGGUGUUUAUCGCCCGCUCCCAGAUGGCCAGGAACAUCUGGUACUUUGUGGUCAGCCUCUGUUUCAAGUUCCUCUCCUACUUCCGUGCAUCCAGCACCUUAACCAACUGAGUCCUCCUCGCCGCCAUCGAGCCGGGGGGACGGCAGCCCCCUUCGCCUUUAGAUAUCAGCAGGACGAAAAAAAGACGCUCGUCCUUCCGUUUGGAUUACUGUGGCAGCAGGGCUCUCUAAAGGUGGGGGGGGGGGCUGCGAUCGAGUGAGGCACUCAAGAUGGUCAAAAAAAAAGAGGUCUACUAGCCAUGAAUUAUUUUAGUUUGGACAUCUGUCAUCAGUCCCUGCACUGUUCAGUCACCAAACAACCGCCCGUCCCACCAAAAAUAGUGUCGUCAAUCAUUUUGAACCUUUUUCUUCCCAAAGUGGCCAAUUAUAUAUGCAACAAUAAGCCUUUUGUGCGGUUUCCACUUUCUUUUCCACGACAUUGUCUCCAUCCUCUUGAAUCUGGGUACAUUGCCUUGCCUUGUGAUGAUUUAAUUUUUUGGUGGAUUUUUCUUCAUACUUGAAAUACGGCAGUUCUUCAGUGGAGGACAAUUUCUACAAGAUUCUUUUGGUUUCUCUGUUUUUUUAACUUUGUGGAGUGGAAAUCCACUUCCUCUCUUUAAUAUGCAGGUGGUUUUGGAUGUGUAUCUACUGCCUUUUUAAGAUCACACACAAACACACACACACACACACACACACACACAGACUAGUAUUAAAGAUCAAAUCCAACCACACACACGACUGUAUCACUACAGAUCUGCCGUUUCUCCCCGCCGUCGAGGUUAUCGCUUAAUUUACUAUCACAGAUGAUAACGUCAGUACGUCUUUGAACAUAGAACUCGUGUGUUCGAAAUGCUCAUCCACUUUUUGCCUGUUUGUACAGCAGUUUGUACUGAAACUAAGUUUACUACUUUUUACAUCUUUAUACUUGCGUCAAAGGCUAGUCUGAUUUGUGGUAGACCUUGGCAGUGUAUUAUAUAUAAAUAAGAGUACAUCAAAGUUUAUUUGUAUAGCCCAGUAUGACAUAUCGUAAAAUGUUUACCCAAUAUUUGUUACUAAGACCAAGGUUUCUAAGAAGACAAAAAAAAACUCUCUCCUCGGACGACUGGGGGUUUAAUUAUAAAUUCAUAUCGCAUAAAAAAUGCCAAAUACCACAAUGGGAUUUAAAUCACAUUAUGUCCAAAGUAGCAGGUACAGUAUGUGAAGAUGGGGGACCGAGGAUGGAGCAAGCAGUGCGGUGGAGUCGGGUGUCGAGUCAUUUGAAAGAUUGAAAUCCCAUUUUGUGCCUCUGGUGUAACGAUACACUUGAGUCACAGUGGUGAUUUUCUCUUUUUUUCUCCUCUUAAAUAAUAGUCACCCAGAGAUGUUUUAAAACCCCCCAGAAGACAUUACAACAGUUACUCCUGCAAAUAAAUAUAUACCAAACAGAAGUAAGUAGAGAAAAGUAGUGGACCAAGUGAGGUGCCUUGAGGGACACCUUGAUUGAUGAAGAGAUGGGCUGCUAUUUUAAAAGCAAGACAAACUGGGAUCUACAUGUUUUUCUGGACCUAAAUCACAAGAGUGAGAGAUUAUAAACGAGAUUACAACCUUAUCCCCAGUUUGGAAGAUCUGUAAAUAGUUGAUCUUGCAUAUUAUUCUUAUAGAUUACCAAAAAAAUGGAAGUGUUAUGUGUUGAACGGGCAAGUCUGAUUUUUUCUAAACAAACAAGAAAGCUGUACAGUGGUGAACAGUAGGCUUGACUGUAUACAAAUACAUAAGAUACGAACCCUUUAUGGGAGGAAAAAAAGGGACAAAACUAAAUAAAUGUUUAUGCAAAAAUGUCUGUGGUGUAAACAUGGUUAACUUGUCCUUAAUUUCAGAUGGGACAAUGAACCAAAAUGGCUGCAGUUGCACAACGCCUGUAUGAACUGGUUUCGUCAGAAUUGUUGUCACAGAGCUACAGGGCUAUUGUAACGGUGUCAUUGUUAUGGAGCUUUAUCUUCUGCGUGUCCGUCUGACGACAACGUGUUUGUCUUUGCUGUUUGCAGACACUGUUAUUACAGGAAUCCCAAGGCAGGAGCUGCAGUUACUGUGCGUAACCCAACAGCAACACAUAAUCAAUAACGUCGUCUUAUUCUUUCUGGUGUCAUUUGGAACAUGUUUGUUUUCUGCUCUGACAACAUUUCGUUCAAGUCUGCUUUGCAAAACUGAAAUAAACUAAAGGAUAAAAAAGAA